AUGCUGUCCGCCGCCGUUCAGAUCUUGGCGUUCGCCCUGGCGCUCCUGGGCGUCGUGGGCACCACCGUUGCCACUCUGCUCCCCAACUGGAAGGUGAGCGUCAGCGUGUGGUCCAGCAUCAUGACCCCCAUCUCGCAGAUGCAGGGGCUGUGGAUGGACUGCGUGUGGUACAGCUCCGGCGUCUUCAGCUGCACAAUGAAGAACUCGGUGCUGUCACUGCCGGCGUAUCUGCAGACGGCUCGGGCCGCCAUGGUCCUGUCCUGCAUGGUGGCGGCGUUCGGACUCUGCCUCGCCUCCCUGGGGCUUAAAUGUACUCGCUGGGGGGGCAGCCACCGAGCAAAGGGGCACACGGCCAUCGCUGCGGGGGGCUGCUUUAUCCUGGCCAGCCUCCUUGUCCUGGUCCCUGCGUCCUGGUUCACCAACGAAGUCAUCACCGCCUUCCUGACCACGGACCUGCCGGACAGCAGUAAAUAUCAGCCCGGAGGAGCUCUGUGCGUCACCUUUAUCUCUGCCGGCUUCCUCCUGGCUGGAGGAGUGAUUUUUUGUUUGUCGUGUCCUGGAAAAAGAUCAAGGCGACCGGACUACGUUUCCUCCGCCGACCAUGACAGAUUUGUGCCGUACCGAGAUGAGCAGCGUAGGCGCGAGCUGCAGACGGGACGUGUGCAGGCAAAAAACAGGCAGACCGUUCGGCUGCAGAUGGACAAAGUGAAGCAGCAGAAAUCUGCUCAGGAGAAACUUGAACAGGACCAGCAGCACUCGUCUCCCUCCAAACUCCCUCCAAAAGACAUCAAGGACAGCUACAGCCUCCAGGAGUACGUCUAA